AUGACAAGAAGUUCAUCUGGCCGUUGUAGAAGCAGACAGGAUGAAGAAAGCGACUCCAAUUACCGACGAGAUACUGCAGGGGAAUUAGAUGAGCCAAUCAGAGAGCAGCAUCCUAUGGAUGAAUUUCUGUCAACACAAGGGUUGAAAUGCAAUGCUUUAAAUGAUGGCAGUAACCCUUUCGUGGAAGGCGGUCUUCCUGACCCGCAAUCCGAUGAUCCUUACAACCUGUUCUUUAUACCACCUGUUAAAGAUUCUAAAAAAAGGAUGCUGAGGUGUCAUUCAUGCCGGGAUCUUGGAACCAAAUUGAUCCUACCUGAUAUCAUCUUGAACCUUCAAAAUGAAGAAUAUGAAGUGAAAUUAGAUGAUUCUAAGGAUCAGGGGUCUGACUUAACCCUACCCUUACCUGAGCCAAAAUGGGGCAGUGAACCUGACCACCUUGAGUUCUCUUCCCUAGUCACCUUCGAGUUCUUUCUCGAAGAGCUGCGUGACAUCCUGGCUUCAGAGUUGGAGAGUCAUCCUUACAACACGGUCGGCAGUUUCCUGGCAUUCUAUGACGCCUUCUUGAAACAAGGACUUUCCCUCACUGAGUUUUAUUGCAAUUAUGAUCCUAAAAUCCUCCCAGAAAGUUUGUCUUGUGUUGGCCUUGGUUGUUCUCUUAUUGAGAACAUGAAGUCUGUCAUGAGCAAUUGCUAUCCAGGGCUGAAAUCUUCUCUAUUCUUAGCCUCUUGUGAAGAAAUGGUUUCGGAAAUUGAUACCUAUAUCAGUUGUUCACCGCCUUCUCAGAGCCUUAGUGUAAAGGAACAUGUCCUGGUAGUUCUCAAAGUCUUGGUGGAAGGUCGAGAAGGUUACAUUGUCCUUGAUCCAGGGUAUCAUGUCAACAUUCCAGUGAUUGUCAUGUCUGAUGGCUUGUUUCCCAACACUGGCUGGUUCUUGUUGAGUGACACUGAGAAAUCUAAGAAGGAGUAUAAUUAUACUGUAGAUGGGAGUUAUAUCCAGUGGCAUGUUAAGGAGACUAGGAAUGGGAAGGUAAAUAGCUGGACCAAUCUUGUAUAUAUUGGUCGUAGAUUUUUAAGUUAUGUGGAUGUUUCGGAGAAAAGGAAUUUGGUCUUCAAUUUCCGCACCAUUGUGAAGCGAGAUAGGAAACAGCCAGUUGCUGGUCUGUACUGCAAUUUAGAAGGUGAUGAGAGGUUUACAUUCUUUUAUUAUGAUGAGUCUUACAAACGAGUUGAGGUUAAAAUUCCAUUUGAUUAUUUCCAAGGAAAAAGGGAGAAUAAUAAGUUUGAGAGUGCGAUUUCCUCUUGUGUUGCUCAGAUUGGUUUCAAUGAGACUUUAGUGUCUCAGAUGGUCGAAGGCAUUAUUGAUGCUUAUUUUAACCCUAAUUUUAUGCCUUUUGUUCGAAUGUUAAAUGCUGAAAUUGACGAAGAAUAAAAAGCAAUUUGUAUUUUUAUUUUGUUUAUUUUUCAUAUUAAACAAUUUUUUUCCCCUUG